AUGAUGCAGCUUGAUCUCCAAAAAGCCUAUGAUAUGGUAAAUUGGCAAGCCCUGGAGUGUAUUUUGAGGGAGAUUGAUUUACCUAGAAGAUUUGUUGGUUGGAUCAUGAAAGCCACAACUACUGUCAGUUACAGAUUCAAUGUAAAUGGUGAGUUUACUGAUGUUCUGCAGGCAAAGAGAGGCAUUAGACAAGGGGACCCUAUCUCCCCUAUGAUAUUUGUCUCAAUGAUGGAAUACAUGAACAUGUUAAUGGUGAAAAUGCAGUUGAAUCCUAACUUUAACCAUCAUAUCAACUGUGAGAAAUUAGCUCUAACUCACCUAACAUUUGCUGAUGAUGUUUUGUUGUUCUGUAGAGGUGAUGUUGGUUCUGUUGAGCUUUCCCUUAAAAAGUUUUAUGAUUCCGCAGGUCUCAUUAUAAAUCCCAGCAAAUGUAAGCUGUUUUGUGGUGGUUUGGAUGCUUAUACCAUUCAGGAGAUCAAGAUUGUGUCUGGGUUUGAUGAGGGCCCUCUCCCAGUGAGAUACUUGGGUGUGCCUCUGCUCAGUAAAAAGCUGAAUGUGAGCCAUUACCUACCUCUGGUGGAGAGGAUUGUUUGUAGGAUUAGACAUUGGUCGGUAAGCUGCUUAGCGUUGCUGGUAGGAUUCAGUUAG